CACUUUUUCAGUCCUUAUCUGGCUCCAAACUCCAAUGGUAGUUUCAACUUGCACCAUUUCUUUCUCAGCAUCCUAUAUCUAGCUCUUAUAUUAUCACAACUCCUUGAUUUUCUCAUUUGUCUCUCUCAACUGUUGAACAUGUUACUUAGAAGUUCCUCCGCACCAAUUCUAAGUUCAUUGCAACUCUAUUCCAAAGGUUCCUCUUCCGAGCCAGAACACAUUCUCCAACUUCCUAGAACAAUAUCAGCUUUAAGUCUAAGCCAAAACUUGUCAGAUAUAGGCCUUCAAAACCCAUCAUGUCCAAAGAAAAAGAAUCUCGUGCCACGUAGUAAAGUUCUUAAAAUCCAACCAAGUACAAAGAUCAAAGAAAGUGACGAUGUCAAAGAUCAGCAACAAAAAAAUUGCAUGAAAGCAAAACUUUCAAUUCAAGAACUUUUCUCAAGCACUGAUUUAGAUAAGGGAGUCAGGGAUCAUGAAGAGUGUGGUGGAGGGAAGAAAGAUAGUAGGUUGCAGACUUCAGUGAUGGGUAGCAAUGGUGGUUGUAAUGGUAGUGGAAGAGGCUCGGAUGAUGGACAUGGAAGAAAGUGGGAUUACCCUGAAGAAAAUAAUCAUGGUAGAGAUAGGAUGGAUUCUUAUUACCAGAACAUGAUUGAAGCAAACCCCAGUGAUGCUCUUUUGCUAGGAAAUUAUGCAAAGUUUUUGAAGGAGGUUCGGGGAGAUUAUCCUAAAGCAGAGGAGUAUCUUGAAAGGGCGAUUUUGGCUAAUCCUGGUGAUGGUCAUAUUCUAUCCCUCUAUGCUGAUUUAAUAUGGCAAACAAGAAAGAAUGCUGAUCGAGCUGAAGGAUAUUUUGAUCAAGCUAUUAAAAGUGCCCCAGAUGAUUGCUAUGUCCUGGCUUCAUAUGCUAAAUUUCUUUGGGAUGCUGAAGAAGAUGAAGAAGAUAAAGACUGCCUAAAUGAUUCAGAUCACAGCCAUACAUAUCCAACUGAUCUCUUUCAAGGAAUUAACAAUCGCCCUCACUUAACUGCAGCCUCAUAAGCCUUACCUCUGUCUCUUAAGUGAAGGUGGUCAUGUGGGUAACUUGCAUGACAAAUGAAGCAUAUGGUAUCAAAAAAUCAUCCAUCACCUUUUGCAUCUUUUGGAAGUGGUUACUAUGAAGGGUUGGAUUAAUUGAGAUCACUGUCUACUUUAAAUUGCUUAGACCAUAAUAAGAGAAAGCAGCUUUCGGUGCCUGCCUCUUGUGCUAGUAAGU